AUGGCGAUGGCACCGUGCGCACCCGCCUCCGUCUCCUUCCCAGCCCGCCCGGCGGGGUCCCCUUCCUCUGCCGUGGCGGUCCGCGCCGCCGCGGAGGGCGGCAGGUGGUGGGCGCCGCUGCUGGGGUGGUCGGGGAAGGCCGACUACCUCGAGACCCCGUCGCCGGCGGUGGCGGUGGCGGUGCCGCAGGACGAUGACGACGCAGGCAGCGCGGCACGCAGGCAGUUCGUGGGGGGCCUGACGGAGGAGAAGGCCCGCCAGCUGCGGGCGCGGAUGGCGCAGACCGAGUCCUUCCACGACGCCAUGUACCACUCCGCCAUCGCCUCCCGCCUCGCCCGCUCUGCCUAG